UUGAAGAUUUGGUUUGAAACUGACCCAAGUUUAAACUGACAAGGUUUAAAAAAAGGUAUGAAAAUAAAAACAGUUCAUACAACACCUAGCUUCCAAUGUGCGCGCAUUGUUUGGAUUACGCUCAGUGCCUCGCAUGCGCUUGAUAAGACCAAUCGCUGUUAACAAUUAAAAUAAAAUAAAUUUCACCUCACUGAAAAUGACUAAUUGUUUUACUUGUUUUGGAGCGCACAAGGAAAGCGAUAUUGUAAUCUACAUUCUGGGCGGCUAUAAAAUGCCGCACGCGCAAUCUUCUUAACGCUAGUCAUCCUUCGUUUUCUGCUGUAACUCCUACUGCGAUCGUGGCAAUGUUGGAUUUUUACUAUCUUCCCGGGUCGGCACCGUGUCGGGCGGUACAAAUGGUGGCAGAAGCAGUUCACGUGAAGCUAAACCUUAAGUAUCUCGAUCUCAUGGCUGGUGCUCAUCGAUCACCGCAGUUUACCAAGCUUAACCCUCAGCGUACGAUCCCCACGCUGGUCGACGGUUCACUGGUACUGUCCGAGUCGCGUGCAGCACUAAUAUAUCUCUGCGAUCAGUAUGGCGACGAAGAUAACGAUUGGUAUCCCAAAGACAUUAUCCAGCGAGCCAUCGUCAAUCAACGGUUAUUUUUCGAUGCCUGCGUGCUAUAUCCAAGGUUUGCUGAUUUUUACCACCCGCAAGUAUUUGGCAACGCUGCUCCUGAUGGCAGGAAGAGGCUAGCCUUUGAAAAAGCGGUAGAGCUACUCAACAUCUUUCUUAGUGAGCACGAGUUUGUGGCUGGAUCGAAGAUGACCAUAGCUGAUAUAAGUCUGUUUGCCACGUUAGCUACAGCCUGUACGUUGGGAUUCAUUCUGCGACCGUACGUCCAUGUCGAUCGAUGGUACGUCACAAUGGUGGCCUCGUGUCCAGGAGCACAGGCGAACGUUUCGGGUGCGAAGGAGUUUUUAACAUAUAAAUAA